GUCAACUUCCCGUUGGCAUGGCGAUGUAGAAAUCCCGAGGUUUUUGCUACCCAAACAGAACGCUCGAGAUCCAUGUGCAAGACAUCCAAUAAAGAGAAGCGAGAAGACCGAACGUGCGAGGAAUGUUGAGACCCUCACUGCGAAAUUUUGCAGCCGAGAGGUUUUCGACUGUGGACACCUGAUGAUCCUUUUGCAUUAAGCUUUCAUAUUAAAAGCAAAUCCAGUUCUUUCCUUUGCUUACGAAUAUUGGAAGUAUAGACAGACAGUAUAGACUAUACAGUAUAGACAGACAUUCAAAGGAAUAUAAAAGAUAAAGAUCAAAACCUAAGACAAGAAAGGACACUAAAGGUGAAACAAGACUCUUGGGAACACGAGAAAAACUUUCUUGAUUUCAUUCGCAAAAAAUAAGACAAAAAGUGAGCUAGAAAAAGUUAUAUAAUUAUCUCUAAGAAGGAACAAGUUUUAUAGGUGCUUAUUAAGUAUCAACAAAUCUGAACAUUUUUACAGACAUUUUAUGUGCCACUAUAAUAGAAAUAAUUAAGUCGUCAUGCUUAUAAACAUGUGGAGUAAAAGCCGGCAAACUGAGCCUGUAUCAUCGAAGUCAGAGUGCCUACGCAGUACUUAUCACCAAAAUAUUAAAUGAUGAAUGCAUUUCGAAAGAUUUAAAACAUUUUUGAUUGGUGUAUUAGAAUUUUUUCAUGAAAUGCUUCGCACAGAAAUGUAUUUGUUACAAGAUGAGCUUAAUAAUUAGAAUAUAUGGCAUUUAUAUACGUAUACUAUAACCAAAAGAUUUCCAUUUAAUAUUUAUAUAUUGAUUUUCUUCCAUUACAUGAAGAAGCUUUGAAAUAUAUGAUCUUAAGAAGCAGUAGUCAUGAAGAGAGUUGUUUAUUCACUUUAGGGAACUGAAAUGGGCAUAGCAUGUAACCUGUAGAAUUUCCCUUUAUUAAAUUUUACAUAGUGUGUCAAAGAAAAUAGCUGAGAAAAAUAAGAUUUUCUUAGAAGCAGAAAGUUAACACCUGGCUCAUAAAUGCAAAAGGACGAUUCAGUUCAUGAAGAUCAGAUCUCAAAUUUAUCGGAUGACUUGACAGAGGAAAAUUUUUCAAGCAUUUUUGAGGACGAUCCGAUGGGUGCAGGUGUCUCAAUUUACGGCAUCUAUCAAAGAUUUGUUAAAUUCGUACGAAGGGCAUGGUCUCGUAGACAACAUGACUGCAGUGACGAUAUUGAGAUGACUUUUGUAAGAUCGAAACCUCAGAGGAUAGAAGCUCUUUGUAAGAUCACAAAAUUCACAAAAAAUGAACUUAAACUUAUAUAUCAAGGAUUCAAGCAGGCAUGUCCUACAGGGAUUGUCAAUGAAUCUACAUUCAAAGAUGUUUACGCACAGUUCUUUCCACAAGGAGAUGCCAGCCAGUACGCUCAUUAUGUGUUUAAAGCCUUUGACCAUGAUGGAAGUGGCACUAUAAAUUUUCAGGAGUUUGUAUUGGGUCUGUCUACUAUUUCUCGAGGUUCACCAACAGAGAAACUCCAAUGGACAUUCAACCUUUAUGAUAUCAAUGGUGAUGGAUGUAUAACUAGAGAAGAAAUGAGGGAAAUCAUCAGUUCCAUUUACAACCUCCUGGGUCGCUUUACAGAACCUUCUGUUUCAGAAGAAGCUACAAGGGAUCAUGCUGAUAGGGUGUUCGACAAGCUGGAUGUAAACAAAGAUGGUAUCGUUGACUUUGACGAAUUUCUGGAAAUUUGUCUUCACGACGAAAACAUCACAAAAUCACUCAGUCUUUUAGAUACAGUGCUAUAACCACGAAAUAAAGAUGAUGAUCUCUCAUUCAGUCAUUUCCCCAACUAUGUCAUGAGGAGCUCUAUAAAUACAACCGUCCUCUAUGAAUGAGUGGGAACAAAUGUCAAACACCUGAGGAUGGUUCUUUAUAAAAGAGUGAAUGGAAGGAAGAUAUUUAUUGUUUUAAUAAUGUAUGCCCGAAUUUAAUUCUUCUAUAUAAUGAAUGAACCUUUUGAAAUAAUUUUGUAAACACUGUUCAUAAAUUUCUUGUUUUUCUCCCUCUCAAACGUUUGAUGAGUUGAAUUUCGAAAAUAUGCUAAACGUAAUUACUUUUGUCUUUAAAAAAAACUAAAACAUAUGUUAAUACUGGUUUAACGUAUAUUUACAUAGUAUUUAAUAACGUAUAUUUAAUACUGCAGUUUCUCUUAAAAUUAAACGCAAAUUUAAGGGAAGGAAUACAUAAAAUAAUUUCAUGAGUUUCAUUAUCUGUAUAGGCAAAUCAGACACAUUUCUAAUACAUAUUAGAUUGUUACCAUUUUAUAUUGUUAAUGACAUAUUCAUGUGAAAAUUCUAUAUCUUCAUAUAAAUGUAAGAAAAUAGCUUAAAUUGACACAUUUUAUAGUAUGAAAGUCGAAUGUUUUUGUAUGUUGAAAGUUUGUUGUUGCUAAUGGUAGAUUUCAAAGUUUUCAGAAUAUAUGUCUCAUGCUGUAUGGAGAAUCCUAUUUUGAUGUACUUAGAGAACUAAAUGUUGUCAAAUAUCUUCCUUAUGAAAUCUUUUGUUUAUAUUACUUCUGCAACAUUAUAAAUUCGUGUAGUAUUUUCUGAUCGUACCUAUGUAGUAUAUGGUGUUCUUUUAGGUAGAUUGUACAAUUACAAUGUAACUCCGUUGUUCGUUAUGAAAUUUUAAAUCUGUUUUUAACAGUUCACAUCAAAAUUAUUUACCCUUUACUCUUUAGCUUUAUAAAUAUAGAUUUAUGAAAUUAAAUACUAAAAAUAGUCUAAAUAUUAGACUGUCCCUAAUAAUGAUAUUCAGUUGUAUUAUUUGCAAUCAGAACAUAAAGUAACAUAAUGCUGAAACUUCAGUGUAAAUAUUGUUUCCAGUAAUAUUUUAUAAUGGCUGUUGCUAUGAAUUUUGUAUUUUAUAGCCUGUCUAAUGGCAGUGAUAUAUAACUUGUAAACUGGCAACCUUGUAAAACUAGCCAAUCAAUUUUGAAAAAUCUUUAUUAUAAAACUCUUUUGAUAAAUUUCUCUCUGAAGUACAUAAUUUGUCAAAUGGUGUUUCACUAUUCUAAUAAAAGAGAUAUAGAUAUGUUACAAGGGUGUCAAUGAGUCAUUUUUUAAAACAUGCAUUAAUAUUCAAAUAAUAAAUUAAAAUAAAGUAAAAAUUAGCUACAGUUUUCAAAUGAUGAUCAAAAGAAAUAGAGUAAAAAUUUUUGUAACAUUUUAGUAAUGUUUAACUGGAACGAUACUGUUCACAGUGGUUAUUAUGUCAAAUAGCGAUUAAUUAAGUAAUGUAAAUAGCGAUUGAUUAAGUAAUAACAAUAUGAUGAUGAACCUACAAUGUGUAAAAGGCUAAUCACUGCUAUUAAGGGUCUUGUUAUGUUCAAAAGCAUAUAAUUUAAAGGGAAAACGUGUUGUUCACUUUAUCUAAGCAACAGUAGAGCUAACUGUGAUAGAAUUUUUUGCGAUUGCUUACAUAAUGUUCUCAAUUUAUUUCUUAUUUUCAUUACUCAAUUGCAGACAAAAUCUAAAUAAGUCGCAUCUAGAACGAAUUAUUUAUAUAUAAAAAUUGCAGUUUGGUUGCUAAUAUGAAUUCAGAAACAUUUUCCUUUAGAAAAUCCAUCAUAGUUUAACUUAUAAGGCCUCCUUAGGAAUGCCAUCAUAUCUGAAACAGCUAUAGCACCUUUAUUAUUUAUCUACUUAUGUGUAAGCAGUAUAAAAAUUUAUAUACCAUUCUCUUAAUUGCAUAUUAGACCUCCAUUUUUAUCAUAAGAU